GGGAGCAUAUAGCCGCAGCAGCCGCAGAUGCAGGGGCGCCGACGCGACAGGGAGCAGAGAGAGACAAGAACAACAAGGUAGCUAGCGACAUUGACGAGACAACUUGUAUCCAUAACUAUCGAUUACUCUCAGUGUCAACCUCCACCCCCCACCUCCUCCCUGCCCUCCCUCCCUCCACCUCCACAAGCCCCCUCCUCCACAAUGCGUGCAUUCACUUUUGAAGCCCACAUCCCGCGCACAAUCUUCGGCCAGGGCACGCUCAAGCAGGUCGGCGACGAGAUCAAGCGGCUCAACUGCAAGCGCGUCCUCCUCAUCACUCAGGACAAUGAGCGGCAGAUGGCGCUCGCGCACGAGGUGCGCGACAUUAUCGGGGAAGCGAAUGUCGCGGGCAUCUGUGUCGACGCGGUCAUGCACACCCCGGAGGAUGUGACGACCAAGGCGCUCGCGUACGCGAAGAGCAUCAACGCCGACGGGCUCGUCUCCCUCGGCGGCGGGAGCACGGUCGGGCUGGCCAAGGCUCUGGCCGUGCGCACCGGCUGGCCGCACGUCGCCGUGCCCACGACCUACGCUGGGUCCGAGGCCACCCCCGUGCUGGGCGAGACGGUCAAUGGGCUCAAGACGACGCGGAGCGACCCCAAGAUCCUGCCCAACACGAUCGUGUACGACGUCGACCUCACCCUCACCAUGCCGGCGUUCCUCACCUUCCCCUCCGGCAUCAACGCGCUCGCGCACUGUGUCGAGGCGCUGUACAGCGCCACGCUCAACCCGAUCAUCGAGGGCGUCGGCCUGUCGGGGAUCACGCAGAUCUACCACGCCCUCCUCAAGCUCAAGGACGCGCCGACCGACGUCGACGCACGCGCCGAUGCCCUCGGCGGCGCUUGGGCGGCGGGCGUCUGCCUCGCGCACGUAGGCAUGGGCCUGCACCACAAGCUCUGCCACACGCUCGGCGGCUCCUUUGGCCUCCCGCACGCCGAGACGCAUACCGUCGUCCUGCCCCAUGCCAUGGGGUACAACUACUCUGCGGCCAAGGGCGCGAUGGAGAAGAUUGAGCACGCGAUCGGGAGCAGCGACAAGGCCCCCACGGCGUUCUGGAACCUCGAGAAGAAGCUCGGCACCCCCAUGAGCCUCAAGGAGCUCGGUCUGAAGAAGGAGGACCUCGCAAAGGCCGCCGACAUCGCCAGCAAGGCCCAGUACCCCAAUCCCGCGCCUCUCGACCGCGAGAAGCUCCUCACGCUGCUUGAGAAUGCUUGGGAGGGUAACCCGCCGGCGAUUAUGUAGUGGCCUGUAUGCAUAGACUGGCACCUGGGCG